AGCUCCGCCGCCAGGGCUGGGGGGAAGGAAUCGUGCCCGCGCCACCUUCCUCCGGUUUCCGCCAGCCCAGGGCUUAGGGACCCAAUGAGGCAGGCGCCGCCGUAGAGGCAGCAGUCGGCUGGAGCGAGCGGCGCAGGCGGGCGGAGAGCAGCGGGCCCCGGCCCCGGAGCCCCGCACGCCUUUGCGGUAGUCGCGCCUGGGCCUUGGCGGUGAAUAGCAACAAAUUUUGGGGCAUCUAGCAUGUGCCAGGCACUGCACUAUCCAUAGUGAUCCAUGGACACACAUGACUUACUUUGGCAUUUCCAGUUACACACCAGCCUCCUAGGAUUGCACCCCUCUCGAGCGGAAUGUUUGUCCGCUUUUCAUCCUGUGACCACAAUACCUGACAAGAAUACCUUAGAGGAGGAAAAUUUUAUUCUGGCUCAAGGUUUCAAAGGAUUCAGUCCAUAGUCUGCUGGCUUCAAGCACUUGCAAGGGAAGAAACAGAACAACCCUGGAUCAUUUUGGUAGGAGGCCUCAACAAUUUACUUUACAGCCUCCUGAGUCUUCACAUCCGGGUCUCACAUUCUUCAUCUUCAGGAAUAGAGGGCCUUUGAGAAACAGAGUCCUAAAAGUGCUGGCGGGCCAGCCAUGAGAGGGUACCUUGUGGCCAUAUUCCUCAGUGCUGUCUUCCUCUAUUAUGUACUACAUUGUAUAUUGUGGGGAACAAAUGUCUAUGGGGUGCCACCUGUAGAAAUGAAGCAAAGAAACAAGAUCCGGCCUUGUUUAUUACAGCCAGCUUUCGCCCCUCUCUUGAGGUCUCCUCAGCUGCACCCCUUUCUGUGUGCGUCUGAUUUUAGGAAUACUGUUAUAUACUCUGGUAGCGAUCUGUUUGAUCUACCCUAUGGGACAAGAAAAUCAGCGACAUAUUUUAAACUUGCUCUUUCAAAACUGAAGAGUUGUGAUCUCUUCGAUGAGUUUGACAAGGUGCCGUGUAAAAAGUGUGUGGUGGUGGGCAAUGGAGGAGUUUUGAAGAAUAAGACCUUAGGAGAGAUAAUCGACUCCUAUGAUGUAAUAAUAAGAAUGAACAAUGGUCCUGUUUUAGGACACGAAGAGGAUGUUGGGAGAAGAACAACCUUCCGACUUUUUUAUCCAGAAUCUGUUUUUUCAGAUCCCAGUCACAAUGACCCCAAUAGUACAGUGAUUCUGGCUGCUUUUAAACUUCUUGACUUAAAGUGGCUACUGGAAUUGUUAUCAGGUGGCAAAAUAAAUACUAGUGGUUUUUGGAAGAAACCAGCCUUAAAUUUGAUCUACCAACCUUAUCAAAUCAGAAUAUUAGAUCCUUCCAUUAUCAGAACAGCAGCUUAUGAACUACUUAAUUUUCCAAAAUAUUUUCCCAAAAAUCAGGAAUCCAAACACCCAACGACAGGAAUUAUUGCCAUCACACUGGCAUUUCACAUAUGUCAUGAAGUUCACCUAGCUGGUUUUAAAUAUAAUUUUUCUGACCUCAAGAGUCCUUUGCACUACUAUGGAAAUGCCACCAUGUCUUUGAUGGAUAAGAAUGCUUAUCACAAUUUGACUGCAGAACAGCUCUUUUUGAAAGACAUUAUAGAAAAAAACUUUGUAAUCAACUUGACGCAAGAUUGACCCUACAGACUCAGAAGGAUGCUAACAGUAUUAGUUUUAUUUUUAUACUGCAAUUUUUAGUUUAUUUUUAAAUAUAUUCGAUAAACUUGUCAAAUUAUGUAUAUGAAGUCUGUGGCUGCUUGGUGAUUCAUAACUACCAGCUUAAUUUAUGUGAAUAUAUUUAUGAAAAACAAGAAAGGCCUAAUUAAGAUAUCAGGGAAAUAAAGUUUUAAUUGCAUCA